AUGGUCUCUGUGCUAUUCCAGGGGCACGAAUUCCCCGGGCGGGAAGCAGUCAAGAGCCAGGUCAAUUUUCCACACAGGGCAAAUAUCACCAGACUACCCGUUGAACUGAAACGGCAGAUUGCGGGCCACCUGAACACGAAAGACAUCGCACAUCUAGCCCGUACCUGCAAAUCCUUCCUCCUCUCGAUCGAGCCAUGUCUUUAUGAGACAGUGAACUUGGACGCCUCCAAGAAGGCAUAUUUGCAUGUGUUAAAAUUGUCGGCAAUGAUCAAUAAAGAUUCAACCCUGGCUGGACAUAUCAAAACGCUCGAGAUCGGUGAUCUGAGAAAAGAGGAUACCAGACAGGUGGACGAAUUGGACGAAUUGGUGAAAACGGCGGGAUGGGAGACCAGCCCAUCGGCGGAUGAAAGCGUCGCACGCUUGCUCUCUCAAUUGGGCAGCCUUAGGUCAUUUUGCCUUAACCACCUUCAUGGCGAGGUGCAUCUAGCCACCUUUAACUUUGCCACGUUGCCAACCCUCACCACGCUCAAAGUGCCGGCGGAAUCCCUAGUAUCGCGUCAAUCGCCACUAAUCAAUCAUCUGCCUUCCGCAUUAAAAUGUCUUUACGUGAAAGAGGCGAACGAUGAAGUGAACGAAGACACCUUGCCCCAAUUGCUGAUAGACUAUAUAAUCGUUGAAACCGAUAAGUGA